CCCACACCACCCCAUGGACUCGCCCAGGGUUGCCUCUUGGCCCAAGGCCCUCGGUCGAGACGUAGGCGAGCCAUUAUAGGGGACGCUCCCAGCCCAGCCCACCUGCCCGCCAAUCACCGCCGCGCCGCAUGAGCUUCAUCUCUCAUUAGUCGACAGUCUAGCCCGCUUCCGGCUCCAAAUCUUGCUCCCUCUGCCGCUCCAAGGGCGUUUGCACCCGGCGCAAAAAUAUACCGUCAGCUCGCGGGUCCCGUCUUUUAUUUCAUCUCACCCUGCGCCUCCCAUUCUUCCUCUUUCUUUCCUUCCUUCCUUCAAGCCGCCCCCUCGCUGAUCAGUCACUCAUUCUUCUCCAACUACUCCCAUCUUCAGCUUAAUACUAUUACCCCGUAAUCCAACACCUCUCUCUCUCUCCAAACCUCCACCAUGCGCUUCUUCCAGGCUAUCCUUUCCUCCGCGGCCUUUGCUGCUCUCGUCGCUGCCCUCGAGAUCAACGAAUUCCCUACCCAGGGUGUCGUUGCUGGCAACUCCUACACCAUCACCUACUCCCCGGCCGAUGAUGUCCCCACCACCUUCAUCCUCCGCCAGGGAAAGUCUACCGACCUUGAUACCGUUGGCACUCUGACCACCACUGCUACCGGUGGAAAGUUCCAGUGGACCCCCAGCAAGGAUCUCCCCAACGAGAGCGACUAUGCUCUUGAGAUCAAGCGCGGCGACACUGUCAACUACUCUGCUCAGUUCCCUCUCACUGGUGGCGCUGCCUCCGACGACAAGCCCGUCUCUUCCAGCUCGCCUUCUGCCUCCGCCUCCGCCUCGUCUUCCGUCAAGCCCUCGUCUUUGGCUUCUUCUUCGGCUUCCCCUAGCUCUUCGGCUUCCGGUUCCUCUUCCAUGACCUCGGCUGCUUCCAGCACCCCCUCCGCCUCUGUUUCCACCCCCGCUGGCAACUCCACCAUCAGCUCUGCUACUCUCUCCCGCACCCCUCUGCCUUCGGCUACUCGCACUCCCACCGGCUCUGCCAGCGUUCCCGAGGUCACCGCUUCCGGCGCUGACUCUCUCUUCGCCAACCCCCUCGCCGCUAUUGUCGGCGCUGCUGCUGCUCUGGUCUACUUCGCCUAAGCGUCUUGCUUUUCCACAUUGAGAUAUCCUGUCUUAUGUUUUGUCCGUGUACGAUAUAUUAGCAAUGGAUAACUGUUUUUGGAAAACGGAAAAUCAUAUACCCUUGUAAACAUCCCUCUAGUUCAAAGAUGAGUUACGCAAAGCAAAUAGGGCUGUACAAUGUUGUCGAGGUUGAAACGCUAUGCAAAGAGCUUGUACAGCGGUAGCAGUAAUGAUAAUAUGGAACUUGUAUAACCUUCCUUCAAACACCCAUCGUCAAUGCCUCGUGACUCAUUCUAUGCCUUCGCCAUGCCAUUGUCUAACCCUCAAGACUCUUGACAAGUUACAUGUAUGUUAUUCUUACAUCUGAUACAAAAUCUUAACAUGCUUUGCCUUUCGCA